GAAGCUCUUGGUGGUGACCUGUCGGACUCCCAGCUAGUUAGUGCGUUUGGUGGUUGGUGGUUGGUGGUUGUUGGUGGUGGUCUUUGGCUAUUGGUUCUUUGGUUUGGGUUUGUUGUUUUGUCUUGUUUGUGUUUUUGAUUUGGAUUUGUUGUUUUAGUCUGUUAUUUUGUUUUUAAGCUAGCAUCCUUGGGUGGUAUUCCUGCUUAGGAUGGAUAGCCAGAGUAGUGAGAUUAGUGUAGUGCCGCAGGGGCCCAGCUCCUGCCACGAGGCAGUCCUGAGGGACCACCAGUACCAGGUCCUGAGGGACAUCGGGUGUGGCGGGUUCGGCCAGGUCCAACUGGCCCGCCAUGGCCCCACAGGAGCAGAGGUGGCAGUGAAGGUCCUGCCCAAGACAGUGCAGAACCUCCCGUUCCUGGCCGAGCCCCAUACGAUGAGGAGCCUGAAGCACCCCCACGUGAUUCAGUUGUUUGAGGUGCUGGAGACGCCCCAGAAUAUCUACAUGGUGAUGGAGCACGGAGGUGGGGGCCCGCUCCAGGACUACGUCCCCGAGGGAGGCCUGCAGGAGGAGGAGGCGCGCAGGCUCUUCCGGCAGAUAGUGAGCGCCGUGGGCUACUGCCACGACAGGGGCUUCGUGCACAGGGACCUGAAGCCAGAGAACAUCGUGCUGGACGCCAGAGGCCAGGUCAAGCUGAUCGACUUCGGCUUCAGCACCACGGUCCACCCUGGGCAGAAACUGCGCGAGUUCUGGGGCACCCUCUCCCACUUUGCCCCCGAGAUUAUCCUGAGGCAAGCGUACGAGGGCUCCCCGGUGGACAUCUGGAGCCUGGGGGUCAUUCUCUACUUCAUGUUGACAGGGCGGUGCCCCUUCACGGGGCCCACGGCUAAGAAGAUGCUGAGGAAGAUCGUGCGGGGCGCCUACUGCCUCCCCCACCGCGUUUCGGCGCCAGCGCAGAUCCUCCUCCGCCAGAUCCUGACCCGGGACCCCCGCAAGCGGCCCACGGCCAGGCAGAUCCUUCAGCACACCUGGCUGGCGCAGGGGGAGCAGCCUGUACCCCGGGAUUAUGGGGAAGCCCUCCCCACACACCCGGACCCCGAAAUACUGACCGUCAUGUUCGAUAUGGGAUACGAUCUGCAGGACACCUGCGGGUCUCUGGCCCAGGGGAAGUUCAAUGCAGCCAUGGCCACCUACCUCAUCCUGGAGCACCAGAAAAGCCAGGGGGCCGGCGUGUUCCAGGGGACUGCUGCGCCCCCCAGGGUGAAGCCUUGCCCCCGCCCCCGCCCCGUGGAUCCUUCCAGCUCCCUGGUUCUCCCCAAGAGGUGUCCCAGUGAGCCUUCCCUUCGCCCCUUGCCCUUGCCCUUGCCCUUGCCCUGUGAGCCUCCGUUGCUGGAGGAGGCCCAAGUGUCAGGGCAGAGGCACAUCCGAAUUGCCAGCCAGCCUGCCAUCCAUUUCCACUUUCCGCCUGCAAGGACCCCCGCAUCGGAUUCAGCCUCCCAGACCGACUCUGGGCAAACCUGUGCCAGCAGAAAGUUCUGGAAGCGAGUGUUGGGGAGGAUUGCUUCCUGUGGGCUACAACUGUGCUGUUGCAUUCCACGUGUCAGCACUAAGGUGGCUCCAAUGUAAGAGUGCAGAGACCUGCCAGAUACACAGCGAAGCUCCAAGCUGUGCCCUGUGGAGCCUCACUCCUCGUGUGGCCGCCAUCGGCCAUGUGGACUCUGCAGAGCUGCAGGAGCAAGAUGUGCUGCCUGCCUCAGGUUCCCGUGCCGGGUUCCAGCUGAGAGCACUUCUGCCUCCACCAGGACAUCAGGACCCUUCUCUGCCCCCACCUGCAGAAGACGUCAGACUGUCUCCCUGGGAUGCUUCGCCUACCCUGCUCCUCUGUCCUUUCAUUUUUCUGAGAUGUUUCUUAAUAAAUUUGUUUCAAAUUGUGUAAUUAAA